AUGGACCUUGCGAACAACCCUGAGCCCGACGAGGCGGACGAGGAGGUCGGGGCCCAGGAGCAGCAGGCCGAGCAGCUGGCGUACGAGAGGGAGUACGAGGACGACUACUCCUGGGAGCAGCUGCAGGAGGACGAUCAGGGCAACCUCCGGGGCCCGGACUCGGCGGCGGAGCGCAGGGCCCGACGCACCCGGACCCUGAACGCGGCGCACGCGGCGCGUGUCCAGCGAGGCCUCAUCCGCUACCUGCAGGUGGUGGUGGACCUGUCCCGCGCGGCGGCCGCCACCGACAUGCGACCCCUGCGCGCCGCGGUCAUGGCCGGCUGCCUGGCCCGCUUCAUCCGCGCCUUCUUCGACGAGAACCCGCUGAGCCAGCUGGGCCUGGUCGCCAUGCGCGAGGGCACCGCGCGCGUGCUCAGCCCCCUCGCCUCCAGCCCGGAGGCGCACAUCGCCAGGCUGAAGUCCAGCCUGGACACGGGGGGCGAUGCCUCGCUCCAGAAUGCACUGGACCUGGCGGUGGGGGGUCUGCGCAGCGUGCCGCCCUACGCGCAACGUGAGGUGCUGAUCCUCUUUGCCGGACUCUCCAGCUGCGACCCAGGCGACAUCAUGGCCAGCGUGCAGGCCGCGCGCGCCGCGCGGGUGCAGGUGUCGGUGGUCGGCCUCUCCGCCGAGGUGUACGUCUGCCGGGAGAUGACGCGGGUGACGGGGGGGAGGUACGGCGUGGCCCUGGGGGAGAGCCACCUGUCCGACCUGGUACUGGAGCAUGCUGUGCCGCCCCCCAUGGCGCCGGGGUCGAGCAACUACAGCCUGGUGAAGAUGGGGUUUCCCAGGAGGGAGCCCCAGGCCCCGGGCGCCGCCGUCUUCACAGGUCCGGAGGCUGUGCUCCUGUCCGGUGGGUACACAUGUCCACAAUGCGCGGCGCGUGUGGCGGAGCUGCCCUCCCAAUGCCACGCGAAGCGCUGCGCCGGAUGUGGGCACGAUUUUGCAUCCGGGGACCUGACCUUUCAAUGUCCAGAGUGCCGCCAGACCUAUUGUUUGGACUGCGACGCCUAUAUUCAUGAAGUGCUGCAUAACUGCCCGACCUGCGAACUGACGUGCUCCCAGCCCCUCUGCCUCGGUGCGUCGGAGGGCGGUGCAGACGCCUGGGUAAAGGCGCUCGACAUCCGGGCCCCACUGAGCCCGCCCCCCUCCCCACCACCCUACACAGCACAUCCCGUGCCAGACAGCCCAGAGGACACGGCCGUCGCGUCCUCGCUGAGCGUGUCUGCCAUUGCUGGCAUAGGAGCGGGCGGGCUGGCCAUAGUGGCGCUGGUGGCCUUGCUCCUCAAGUACGCCUGCUGCUCCCUGGGCCUGGGCGGCCUCUGCUUCAAGUUGUUCUCGUGCACCAAGGCCUCCCCCACCGCGGAGGCGGCUGACGCCUCGGCAGCAGCCGGCGCUGAUGAUGAGGAUGACUCGGGGGAGGGGGUGACGGCGACCGUCAGGACGCUCGCCAAGGCGGCAGCCGACGCCGACGACGAGGAGGAGGAGGAAGCCCGGGACCGCUUCCCAGCCAUCGCAGCGGUGCCCGCGGCGCGAGCCCCAGCCGCCAGGUUGCGGCCGCAGACCUCGCUGCCGGCGCCGCGGCGGCCUGUGGUGUACCAGGAGGAGCUGGCGCACGCAGAGUCCCUGCAGGCGCCCCGUGGUGCCAGGUACUACGAGCUGGAGCUGGAAGACGUCGUUCAGCAGGAUCCUCCGCGGCGCGGCGUGGCCCGCUCCCAGUCCCUGCGACCGCCUUGCGAGCUUGAUUCGGGCACCAUGGCGACGUCCGCAAAGCUACCCCAGGUGUACCUCGAUCAGGCCACGGCCGCGGUCUUCACCCUGGCGGGAGCCAUUGUCGGCCUGAUCCAGGGCGCGAUCGUCACGCUUGCGAGUCACUACCCCGACAUCGCGACCAAGCUGAAGCUGGACAAGGUGCGGGCAAAGGCUAACCUGGUAGAUGCUGGCAAGACCCCGCAGGCUGUUCGCACGCCAGAGCUCCCCGCAGCAGCUGCUUACAAGGGCAGCAAGAAAGCCAAGUCCAGGAAUGGAGCUCACAAGAAAUGA